CUGCGUAGUUUCACUUUCAAAAAAAUUUUCCCAACUCUCUAUAAGUGAGCUGGAGGGAUCAUGGCUGAGCACAAAGCAUAUUUGACCAAAACUGGAGUCAAGAGGAAAUUGUUGAUUAAAAAUGGAAUGCAACCUUAUAUCCCUGCAUUGCCUUAGUUUGGAACUUCUGUACUACCUUGGCUUUCAGCAUUGAGACACAGUCCUGAAGGAGAAGAGGAAGCUGUUUGUGGAAUCAGUGGACAAGGGCUUAAUCAAUGGAUUACUGGAUGAUUUAUUGGAAGUAAAAGUGCUGAAUCAAGAAGAAAUGGAGAUAGUGAGGGAGGAAAAUAAAACAAUCAGGGAUCAGGCUCGAAGAUUGAUUGAUAUUGUCAUUCGCAAAGGUUCCAAAGCCAGCCAGUAUCUUAUUAAGAGUAUCAUUGAAAGAGAUGGACAUCUUGCAGACCACCUUGCUCUGUCUUCAGGAUCUCAGACAGAACAACUACCUACUGUAUCUGAAGCAUUUUCGAAAAAAUCCUCUUCCUCACCAGUUCCUCAGGCAAUCCAGGCCAAUGCCACAGACACACUCAAGCUUUGUUCCCAUGAAGACUUCCAAAGGCUAAGGAAGAAGAUGGCAGGACAGAUAUACCCAGUGAUGGAGAAAGAAGGCCGCACACGCCUGGCACUUAUCAUCUGUAAUGUGGAGUUUGAUGAGCUAUCUCAGCGUAAUGGAGCUAAUAAUGACAUCAUAGGAAUGCAGAACCUUCUUGAAGGUCUGGGUUACAGAGUAGAUGUUGAAAAAAACCUCACAGCUUUGGAAAUGGAGUCAAAGCUAAAGCAAUUUGCCUCCCGCCCAGAGCACCAGACUUCAGAUAGUACUUUUUUGGUGCUCAUGUCUCAUGGUGAGCCAAGAGGCAUAUGUGGAAAGGAUUCCACAAAAGAAGCUCCUCAAAUACUACCUGUUGACAGGAUCUUCCAAAUUUUCAACACCAGCAACUGUCCUAGUUUGAAGGACAAGCCCAAGAUCAUUAUCCUUCAGGCUUGCCGAGGGGGGAAUUCAGGGAUUGUUUGGGUCAGUGAUUCAGCAGCACCCUCUGCAGACAAGUGUCCCCAGGACUCAGACAUCUUUGAAAAUGAUACUCUCUGUAAGGCCCAUGUGGAGAAGGACUUCAUUGCUUUCUGCUCAUCAACUCCAAAUAACAUGUCCUGGAGAAAGAGAGACACGGGCUCUCUCUUCAUCAUCAAAUUGAUUGAUUGCUUCAGAAAAUAUGCAUGGUGCUCUCACUUGUAUGAUAUUUUCUGUAAGGUCCAGCAUUCAUUUGAGAUCCCAAUGGAGAAGAUGCAAAUGCCCACCAUUGAAAGAGCAACAUUAACAAAGUAUUUCUAUCUUUUUCCUGGCAAUUAAAAUUAUUAAGCAACAGAAAUGGUAGCUGUUGGCAUCUCAGGAAGUCACAAGUGAUGCACUACUUAUAUAGCUACCUCUUGUGGAAGGAUUUUUCCGUAUGGGGAUUUUUGAUGUUGUUAUUGCCUGGUUUUUCUUUAAACAGUCCAAUAAAUACGAAGUCAAAUAA